AGUGACUCUCUCUCUCUCUUUCUCUCUCUCUAUCUCUCACAUCCAUGGAUAAGAUAUCACCAUCAUUCUUCCGCCACGAGGGAAAGCCAAUUCGAUGCAAAGCAGCAAUAUGUAGAAAAGCAGGAGAAGCAUUAGUGAUCGAAGAGAUCCACGUUGAUCCACCUCAAGCCUACGAAGUUAGAAUUAAGAUCCUAUGCACAUCUCUAUGUCACACCGAUCUUUCUUUCUCGAAAUUAGACACUGGACCACUCGUAAGGUUUCCUAGAAUUCUAGGACACGAAGCAGUCGGUGUGGUCGAGAGCAUUGGUGAACACGUGGACGGAUUCAAACAAGGCGACGUUGUAUUGCCAGUGUUUCACCCUCACUGUGAAGAAUGUAGAGAUUGCAAAUCCUCAAAGACCAACUGGUGCACAAGAUUUGCUGAAGAUUUCUUGUCAAACACGCGACGAUACGGAAUGGCUUCAAGAUUCAAGGACUCUUCAGGAGAUGAUAUUCACCAUUUCCUCUUUGUGUCCAGUUUUUCUGAAUACACCGUCGUUGAUAUGGCACAUCUCGUCAAAAUCUGUCCUGAAAUUCCCGUUGAUAAAGCGAUUUUGCUAAGCUGCGGUGUCUCCACAGGAGUUGGAGCAGCUUGGAAGGUGGCCGAUGUGGAAGAAGGCUCCACCAUUGCCGUUUUUGGCCUUGGUGCUGUUGGACUUGCGGUUGGAGAAGGAGCCAGGCUGCGUGGGGCCGCAAAGAUCAUCGGUGUUGAUCUCAAUCCUAAAAAAUUCGAGCUAGGUAAGAAAUUUGGCUUUACGGAUUUCGUCAAUCCUACCUUUUGUGGAGAACAAAAAAUUAGCGAGGUGAUUAAGGAAAUAACAGGAGGAGGAGUUGACUACAGUUUUGAAUGCAUUGGUUUAACUUCUGUAUUGAGCGAGGCUUUCACUAGCACCCGCACGGGUACAGGAAAGACGAUAGUUUUGGGGAUAGAUAAGCAUCUAGAGCCAACCAAUUUGGAUAGUUUUGAUCUUUUCAGAGGCAAACAUGUUUGUGGAAGCUUGUUUGGUGGUCUGAAACCGAAACUGGAUAUUCCGAUUCUCGUUAAUCGUUACUUAAAAAAGGAGCUUAAUCUGGACAGUUUUAUCACACAUGAAUUGAAUUUUGAGGAAAUCAACAAGGCUUUCGAUUUAUUAGAGCAAGGAAAGUCUCUCCGCUGCAUUCUAUGGAUGGAUAAAAGUUGAAGGUGGACUGACUCCAAUGGAACUUUGCGGCCGGAAGGAUAUAUUUAUCGGGGGAUGCAGCCAGGACGGAAACAACACUUGCAUAAACGACUUCGUUAAGAAAGGAGGUGAUGCCAAU